CUUUUUGUCUGUUAUAAGUUUGAGAGGGUAGGUUUCAUAGUAAUUUAAUUUUGUGGGAAGUCCGCAAAGCUGUUUGGCCGGGCGCACUAACCUGCUAGGCAUUCUGUAAGUCAGUUCAUUGUUCGUGUUAGUCGGGUUCCGUUCGUGUUCUUCGUUCAUCGCCGUGACGUGCGGGCGUUUUCAUCAUUUUCUACACUGAAAACAAAGCAGUACCGAACUUCAUUGUCAUUUUGAUAUUUAAGAUAAGAACCUCCGAUAUGCCGAAACGAAAAAAUCAAGCCCUUAUCGACUCCGACAGCAGUGGAAGCGCGUCGGAAAGCGGAUCUGACCUGGAUAACGACUUACUCUCUCUGGCUAAGAAGAAAAAAGGUAAAUCACAGGAGGACUCCCAAUCCAAUAAUGAAGAUGCUUCUCACAGUGAUGUUAAACAAGCUAAGCAAGCGGACAGCGAUACUUCAGACUCGGAUGAUGACUGGGGUGCCAAGGGUGGCUCAAAAACUAAGAAGAAAAAGCAACCUGCCAAACGUAGUAAGAGAAAAGUUACCAAAUCGAGCAGCGAUGAUAGUGCGAGUGAAAAAGAUGACGCUAAAGUAUCGGAGCCCGAAGAAGGAGAAGUCUCGGAUUCCGAUGGAAGUGAUUCGGAAUCAAGUCAGGAAGAAUUCAACGAUGGUUAUGAUGAUAAAUUGAUGGGAGAUGCGGAGGAUCAGGCACGUCUUGCACAGAUGACAGAAAAAGAACGAGAGCAGGAAAUUUUCAAGCGUAUAGAACAGCGAGAAAUUAUGAAGACCAGGUUUGAGAUUGAAAAAAAGUUGCGCCUAGCCAAGAAACAAGAGCUAAAAAAGCAAAAAGAGUCCAAAAAGAAGGAUAAAAGUACAGAUGAAAAGAAGUUCGAUCGAGCUCCUGAUCCCAAAGAGAGAAGCAAAGAUCGUAAGAAGACAAUCGAAGAAAAGCAAGACAAGAAAUUCCAUGCUAUGUCACUGCUCAAGGCUAGACGUGAAGAGAAAAAAGAAAGAGAAGAGAAAGAGAAGCAGAGAAUAGAGUUGCAGCAGCAGCAAUCCAAAGAUGCUGAGGAAGAGGAACUAGAAGAUGAUCACAAAGGCGGUUCUAACAAGACUAAGCUCAAAGCAUCAGAUAUUUAUUCAGACGAUAGUGGAUCAUCGGACAGCCAAGAAGAAGAUGAGCCUGCAAGAGCAACAUCACAACGUCGAUCCUCAUCCAGUGACAGCAGAGAUUCAGACUCGGAGACGGACAAAAAAUCUGUAACUAGCACCAAGAGCAGACCAAAGAAGCCAAUUUACGUGAACACAAAGGAGGAUCUAAACAAAGUUAGAUUAUCACGUCACAAAAUGGAAAGAUUUGUGCACCUUCCAUUCUUCGAUCGAGUCGUGCAAGGCUGUUUUGUCCGUAUUGGAAUUGGUAAUAACAAUGGUAAACCCGUUUACCGUGUCGCUGAAAUUAGUGGGGUUUGCGAAACAGGUAAAAUAUACCAAUUGGGAGGUACAAGAACCAAUAAGGGAUUAAAGUUGAGACACGGAGCACAGGAACGAGUUUUCCGAUUAGAAUUCGUAUCUAAUCAAGAAUUCACAGAGACGGAAUUCUUCAAAUGGAAAGAGACAUGUGCACUGCAAGGAAUUUCAUUGCCAACAUUUGACGAAAUUGAACACAAGCUGAAGGAUAUCAAGGAAGCGCUGGUUUAUGAAUUCAAAGAAGAAGAUAUAGAAAAAAUAGUCAGAGAAAAAGAAAGAUUCAAGCAAAACCCGUCCAAUUAUGCUAUGAAGAAGGCUCAAUUGAUGAGAGAAAGAGACGCAGCAAAUUGCAGAGGCGAUGAUGAAACGGCGAGUCGACUUAACCUGCAGCUUGGAGAACUGGAAGAACGGGCUUCAGAACUAGACAAAAUGCGAACUGCCACUAUUUCCAGUAUUUCGUACAUCAAUGAUCGCAAUAGAAAGCGAAACGUUGAAGAAGCUGAGAAAGCAAUCAUGGAAGAAAUUAAGGCUAACAAAGGUAAAAAAAUAGACGAUCCAUUCACCAGACGGAGUACAAAGCCAAGAAUGGUAUUCAAGCCAGAUGAAGAGGAGGUAGCUACAGUACCUAGUAAUAAUUCCGGGAAUAAAGGAAGCCCUCAGCAAACGGAUGAUACGCCGACAACAAAUAACGAUAAGGAGAAUGCCGAGGCAAAAAAGAAAUCUGGAAGUGAGGAUUUGUUCAACGCUCAUGAUUUUGACAUCACGAUAGAUCUAGAAGUACCUUUACCUAGCAACCCAGUCAGUGUUCUACCGAAACCAGUAAGCAACGUUAAAGAUACGGGACCCAGGCGAUCUUUAAACUUGGAGGAUUAUAAGAAGAAACGUGGUCUAAUCUAACAUUCUAUACGCCUAGUAUAAAUAUUGGAAAAAUAUUUAACCAAUAAAUUAACGUUGUGGACAUGUAAUUGUCAAAUCAUCCACGGUGAUUGUAGAAGUUGGGAUCGUACAAUUUGAGUCGGAAAAAAUUAGAGUUAUUAAGGUUGCUGUUUAAAUUGAUGAAACUUACCUGUAUCAUUAUUUUUUGUUUCUUUAUUGACGAGGAAUCUUGUACUUCACUGCUUCGUAGCAGACAAGGUUCUGGGUGGAGAUUUAAAAAGUUGACUAGGUAACUGUGAAACUAUACUGUAUUUGGCAUACAUUGAGGUUUCAUAAAUGUGUAUGGUGUAAAAUAAAAAGUAUGCAUCACAUCUCAAUUAUGAUGGUGAUGAAUCAAAGAAGACAUAAAAAACCAGUAACAGCGAUAAUAAGAUGAAAAUAACACUACCACAUCAUAUAUACCGUAAUUGAGAUUUCUCGUGUAAAUCCAAAUUAGACAUAUUUAAAUUAAGAAAUUUGGUAAAAUACAAAACUUAUUAAAUAGACGAGGAAAUAGAUGAAUAUACUGAGAUAAUGAAAUAUUUAGACAAUUAUUUUAUCGUUAAUAAUGUAAAUUAUACUUACAAUAUUAUUAUAAAAAUAUUUAAAAUCAACGAAACGAAGAGAAAAAAUAUUUCUAUGCAAAAACUUCUAUGUGUACAUGUGUUGAUUGGGUUGUGCAAAUGUUGAUAUUAGUAUUAUUAAAGAGUAUGACGAUAUAAUUAAAUUUAAAGUACAUAAACCAGGAUCUUUUGAUAUAGAUUAUUUUUAUUAUUAUUAUUUCUUUUAGAUUUUUCACUUCUUAACAGUACAACAAAUUACAAUCCGUAUUCUUAAUUCGAUAGUUUCGAAAGACUCAGUCAUUUUAAUGAUUCUUGGGCACGAUUCCUUUGAACUGUACUGUAAUUUCUUAACUUAGGCUUAUUGCAUUAAUUAACAAAGUAUAAGGAACUUGGGACAUUUUCCAAUUAUUAUUGUCAUAUAAUAAUCAUGAAGAAACAUCUUAGAUUAUUAAUAUUAUUUAACUAAAUUUUCACUGAAAAAUUUUGUACUACUUCGUAAGCCGUGGCUUUCCUCUGACAAUGAGAUUAUAAUAGUGAAACUAUCGGUUACUUGACUGACUGCGUAGUCUGCUAAUAAUACAAUAGGAGACUGUUACUGUAUGUAAUUUAAUUCGACAUAUGCUAUAUCUACUGCAUAUGUAAAUGUUAGCCUGUAAUAGUACGUAGGUAUGGUAUUUCAUUGGCAAAUAAGUGCUACCGUAAAUUUAAGUUGGUGAAAAAACGACAUCUUAGGUGGUUGUCAAAUAAUGAUUAAACAAUUACCUUAGUUAACUCGGAAUAAAAAUUAUACACCACCUAAUUGUUGGUUGGUAUUACAUUUUGGCGAUCAACGCGUGUAUUAUGGCACAAAUUCAUAACACAUUGUGUACCAGGAGUGCAUAUUGCACUUAUCGUCUUUGAGGCAAUAGGGGACUCAUGAUCUGCUACAAAUAGUUAUGUGACAUUUUUUCGGGAUGAUUUGAAGACUACCACAGAUGAACAAUGUGUAUUGCCAUUGUUUUUUAAAUAAAGUGCUAUUUCCAAAAGCAA